AUGCUGCUGUCCCAUGAAGCAGCUACCUGGUGGCAAGGUAUAAAGCCCCAGGUCACAGACUGGCAUGACGCCGUCCAUAACAUUCGAUGUGCAUUUAGAGAUCGGCGUCCACCACACAAGAUUUAUCGAGACUUAUUCUCUCAGACACAACAAGAGAAUGAAAAGACUGAUUUAUUUGUAUCAAAGGCUCGAGCGCUUCUAAUGAAAUUACCUCAGGGUGAUCUCACCGAAAAAGUUCAAUUAGAUAUGAUGUAUGGAUUGUUAAAUACAACCAUUAAAAAGCGCAUCCGACGAGAAGAAAUUUGCUCCUUCCUGGAACCACUAGAACGUGCCCGCCAAAUAGAAGAUUCUAUGGACACACAGACUCGCUAUGUCACGGGUCCAGCCGUUUGCCGAACACGACCCGUACCGUUUUCUGGUCAUCAUGCGCAGAGCAAUAGCACCUCGGAGCACACAAAGCAGCGCAACACACGAACUACUCGUGUCACAAACGCAAACAUGUCUUCGGUCUUCCCAGUGGAACCCAAACCAUCUAUGAUCGAAAACCGAAAUGAAAAUAAGCAAUUCAAAGUCUCAAGAAAGUAUUGUGUUUAUUGUAAAAACUAUGGACAUAGACGUGAGGAAUGUCGUAAAUUGAACAAACAAGACUGUAAUAUGAACAUUGUUUCGUCUACGGCUAGUAUAAUGCGUUACAGUUGCAGAGAGAAAGGAGUGAUUCGUUCAGAAUAUUCGAAAUGUAACUCUGAAUUCAACUCUGUCGAGGUAAACUAUUUCUCCUGUCCUUCAGCUGUCAUCACAAUGUACAAGUAA